GGAGAGAAGCCACACCCAGCUACGACUGCUUUCUUGUUGGUCCUUGUGUUGAUGAUGUCAUCACCACUGUUCAGUUGGACAGACCUGAGCUUGUCCACAAUCUCAGUCUCUCCAUACGUCAGCACAGAACAAGAAGGAGAAAGAUGAGCUCUUUUUGGCCAUGGCUUACCAUGAUUCUACUGACUGUACUCACAAACAUCAGCACUGCUCAACACCCUUCAUGUAUAAAUUAUCGAAACAUAUCUGAGCCAUGGCGGAAUGUUGGCUUUUGCUCCAUCUCUUGUAAUAAAAGUGACAGUAACCUGAAGGAAGGAUGGUACCGCUUCAUUGGUGUAGGUGGAGACCAGGUAGUCUCUUCCUGCGCAAGUGCACUGAAUAACAAAUAUGGAAACAUAACGAGUUACAGUUACAACUUAUUCACAUGUAAUUCAAGCAUCAACUACACGGAUUAUAUGACCUGCAACGAAGGAUUCACUGUCUACUUCCUCCGGCCCACCAAAGAAACUUACGCUACACGUCAUUCAUCCUGCAGCAAUUCUUCUUCCUGUGGAGAGCAUGCUCAGUGUGGUACUGUUUAUGGCAGCUGUGUGUGUGACCCUGGCUUAGUCGUGCUUGAAACCUCAUCAAGAAAUGACACGUACGGAUGCAAAGUUCUCAGAGUGUCUGAUGGCUGCCAGACAGAAAAGUGUGCACAGGACUUUCUGAAAGAUCUUGAGAAACUUCUAAACAAUACAGAUGAACCACUACCACAGAAGACUGUGGAAUUUUAUUUGGGCUCAGUAAUGAAUAUAACAUCUACCAUAAAGAAUUUUACUGACGACAAAGCGAUAAUCUCCUAUGGAAAUAAUGUACUAUCUGUCACUGAGAAACUGGUGUCUUCACUAGUGACACCAACAGAGACCCAGAAUAUGACGAGCAUUUCACUCAGCAAUAUUGAGGCUCAAGUAUUUAUGGUUGGAAAUCAGACUACCUUGAGUGAAAUCCCCCCGCUCAACGCAAGCGGUUCUUCCCUGAAAAUUGAUCUCCUUGGGAUUUCCAAGAACAACAAUGGGUCAGCUGCAGUGGUCUUUAUGAGUUACACCAACAUGUCCAACAUCCUGAAACCUAGCUUCUUCAAGACAACUACCAGUGCAACUAAAACCAUGUUGUCCAAUGUGGUGUCAGCAACACUUCCUAAAACCACCAACACACAACUCACCAAACCAGUCAACUUCACCUUAAAACACAAUGCACCAGACCGUACAGGAAAUCUCUCCUGUGUGUACUGGAAGGAAACUGAAUGGGUUGAAGAUGGUUGUAGCAUCACAGAGAAAAACCGCACUCAGACAGUGUGCUCCUGUGUUCACCUUUCUACUUUCGCUCUCAUCAUGAUGACUGACCCAGACAAGGGUGGUAAACCUGAUGAUGUGAUGGAGCUCAUUAACACAGUGGCAGUGUCCGUGGGGUUGGUGUUCCUCAUCUUGACUAUACUGACUCUUGCUGUUUGCCAGAGAGGCCCAAAAUUGACCAACGCAGCUUUGAUCAACCUGUGUGUAAGCUUGUUUCUUGCUCACUUGGUUUUCCUGCUCACACAACACUACCUGGAAAACAUAAAAAAAUCUAAGUUGUGUGUAGUGCUGGCUGGUGUCAUACACUUCCUCUUUUUAUCAGCAUUUGUGUGGAUGUUCAUUGAGGCAGUAUUGCUCUACAUCUUUGUGAAGAACCUAUCAAGGAUCAGCUCAAUGCAGAGUGAGGUGCUUAACUGGAAAUGCAUGAUUGUCAUUGGAUACGUCAUCCCCCUGGCUAUGGUGGGCGUGACUUCUGGACUGUAUCCUGACGUCUACGGUGAUGAGCGUUGCUGGCUUAAGAACACAGGUGUCUGGAUCUUUCUGGGUCCUGUGUCUUGCAUUCUUGCUAUCAACAUGCUCUUUUCUUGUGUAAUCAUAAUAAAUCUCAGGUGGGCUUUGUCAAGGCUGGAUAAAACCGUCUCGCACCUAAAACACACCCGGACCCUCGUGUUUAAAACCCUGCUCCAGUUUGUCAUUCUUGGCUGCCCCUGGACCCUGGGCUUCUUCAUUGAUCACUCCAAGAUGCUAGAGAUCGUCUUCCUGUUCUUAAAUUCUCAGCAAGGAACCUUCAUCUUCAUUGUUCAUUGUGUCCUCAACCAGGAGGUCAGGAAGCAGUACAAGAAGUGGUGGCUUGCCCUUCACCACAGCUCCAAGUACAAGUCCAUGGCAGAAGAUCAGACGAGAGCUUCACAUUCACAUUCAAAUUAAUAGGAAACAAUGUUAAUGUUUAGAGAAUGUCUUGUUUAAAGAACAGUCAGUGUGGCACAUGACCAAGGAAUAGUUCAGGAAGACAAAUAUGACAGCAGAAAUAUGAUGGCUGCAAUUUACCAACUAUUUGUGUACAAAUCUUGGGUAAAGUACAUUUGAGACCUGUCAGAGUGAGCUACAGCUACAGUUAUGUUCAUUAGCUUUAUUAAUAUACCAUUUCUCUACAAAAUAAGUAAUUACACAGAGAAUCUGAAAGCAAAAUAAUUAUGCUAAAAACUCAAUGCUAUUGUUUUCAUAUUCUUUGACAAAAUAGCUAGUGGUAACUUCAGUCUGUACAACAUUUCAUACUGGAGCACAAAAACAUCCAUCUAAAUAUCUGAAGUGUUAAGUGAACCUGAAAAGCCCCUAAUAGGCUUUAAUUUCACCAGCUUUUGUAAGUACUUUAAGAUGAUAAAUGAAAAAAUGAAAAUGAUAACAUGAAAAAUGACUUAUUUCUCCUAAGUUAAUUCCUCCUUGCACUUUUUACAGUACAACUUUCAGCACAACAUUCAUAAAUUUGCAUUAUGUGAUUUUUUUAAGAAUUUGCAUUUGCAAAAUUAUAUUGUUAAAUAUCUAACAUU